GAGGAGCGGCCGCGGGCGGGGCUGGAGGACGUGGGUGCUUUGCUGCGCGCGGCGGCGGCUGGGCGCCCAGAGCCGGGCAUGGCGAGCUGGUGGCGGGCGCUGCCGCGCGCGGCCCGGCGCUACCCGUGGCCCACGAACGUGCUGCUCUACACCGCGCUCUACUCGGCGGGCGACGCGCUGCAGCAGCGCCUGCGGGGCUGCCCGGCCGACUGGCGGCAGACGCAGCACGUGGCCACGGUGGCCGUCACCUUCCACGCCAACUUCAACUACGUGUGGCUCCGCCUGCUGGAGCGCGCGCUGCCGGGCCGCGCGCCGCGCGCCGUGCUGGCCAAGGUGCUGUGCGACCAGGUGCUCGCCGCCCCGGUGGCCGUGUCGGCCUUCUACUCCGGUAUGAGUAUUCUCCAGGGGAAGGAGGACAUAUUUUUGGACUUGAAGCAGAAAUUCUGGAAUACAUAUAAGAUUGGUCUGAUGUAUUGGCCUUUUGUACAGCUGACCAACUUCAGCCUAGUUCCCAUUCCCUGGAGAACGGCUUACACGGGACUCUGUGGUUUUCUCUGGGCUACCUUCCUUUGCUUCUCACAACAGGCUGGCGAUGGUACAUUGAAAUCAGCUUUCACCAUCCUUCUUAGAAAGGAGGCCAACAUAAUCGAAAAGCCCCCAGAAAAAUGAGAAGUCAAGGACUCCUUGAAUAACUACAUUUUAUUAUUUUUGCAAACACAGUGGAUAAAAUAAUCUACCCCCAGUUCCAUUUUUGAAGACUGAAUAUUCGAUAAACCCAGUUUCUUUUUUCCUCUCUCCCUCCCUUCCUUUAUUUCUCUCUCUUGUUGUAGUUGUUAUUGUUGUCAUAGCUGUUGUUGUUGUUGGAUAGGACAGAGAGAAAUGGGGAGAGGAGGGGAAGACAGAGAGGGGGAGAGAAAGACAGACACCUGCAGACCUGCUUCACCACCUGUGAAGUGACUCCCCUGCAGGCGGGGAGUGGGGGCUUGAACCAGGAUCCUUACACCGGUGAGAGUUCAAUUCUUUAUCCAUUUUGCCACCACCUGGGCUGCCCUUCAACAUUAUUUUUAUGGCGGUUUGCACUUUGUAUAAAGAUGGUUGGGACAACUGACUUUUUUUAUAUUGUCCCGUAUGAAAAAACUUAUCCAUAAAAGUUAAAGUGCAAUAAUCUUUACUCAAUAAUGUGUUGCUUUGUACCAUCAAUACUUCAGUUAUUUUGUAAACAAUACUUGAAGUUUGUAUCCAAGGGUAAUUUUGUGUUUUAGUGUAGGAAAUGGAACUUACUCCAAAUGGUGUGUUGUUUGUGUUAAAUGCUGUCAUCCUUGAUUAAACUGUUCUUUACUGCCCAGGGUUUGGAACCCAGAAGGAGGGCCCCACCUUACUGACCUCCUAUUCCCUUAGUUUUCUUUAAUGUUCAUGUAUAUAACUUCACUAUGUUCUUCUGAUUCCAUGACUCCUCAGGCAAAGGCAAAACCUAUAAUUAAUUUCAUUGAAAAGUUGAAAUAGAUUCAAGACAUUUAUUUUUUUAAAUUUUUUAUUAGAGCACUGCUCAGCUCAGGCUUAUAGUGGUGCGGGGGGAUCAAACCUGGGACUUGGAAGCUUCAGGCGAGAGUUUCUUUGCAUAGCCAUAUGCUAUCUAUUCCCACCCCACUCAAAACAACUUUAUCUGACAGUAUAGAAAGCAAAGUGGAAAUCUGGAGGAUCUUAAAUGUAGUUAAAAAUACCGAUUUUUGAUUAUUCAUAGUUAGUUUGAACUUAGGAAUCAGAGACCCUUGUCAUGGGUCCAGGCAUUUGGAGUAUUUAGCCCUUAUGCCACCUUUCUGGUUUUCAUUCUUGUCUAAGUUCACAAUUGUUAUUGAAUGAUUAUAUCUCUGGCCUUGGGAGCUGUUCUGGCUCUACUACCAAUCCAUUCAAGAGACUUUGGAUCUGUCCUUUUUUUUUUUGAACUCCUGGUUUCCAGUUCUAGUCCCAGAAAUAAAUCUCUUAACCUAAUAUUGAAACCAAA